AUGCAAGCAGAAACAACACAGACAUCAUUGCCAUUCUAUAAUCGGGGAGAUGUCUAUAGAUGCUUGGUUGAACAGAAUCCACCGCAACGAAUCAAAGACCUGCGCUCUCUUUGCCUGGUAUCUGCUCGCUUGAACAAUCUGUUAAAACCGGUAUUGUACCGUAAUGUUUGCGUUCGCAAAAACGGGUUUCGUAGCCAGCCACUGAACCAGCUGAAGUGGAGUCUCGAGAACGAUCCGAAGCUUGAAGAGUAUAUUAUCUCUGCAGUUAUUCCCUGCAACGACUCGAUUUAUGACGUUUAUCGGUUUUUUUGGUUCCCCAACAUCGAGGCACUUAGCAUUCACCGGUUCAAUGACUGGGAGCCUCUGGAGUUUGAAGACGAUUCGCAUAUUGGCACGUCGCCGAUUACAGUACUGAAUUUGAUAGACUGUGGGGCGCAUGAGGAGGCAUUAGCCACUGUGCUCAGCUGGCCAGCCGCGCUGGAAGUGCUCCAUUACGACGCCGAACAAAUAGAAUGGGAGGGCCACUAUGGCGAUGAGCCUGCUAAAAGCUGGACAUGCGCGGCAUUUGUACGAGCCCUUCAGCCGCAGAAGGCCACUCUACGGGAAUUGACCCUCAGUCGGCCAUGGCUCGAACAUGAAGGAUUGGGCAACGGACCGCGCAUCGAUCUACACGAUUUCACGGCCCUGACCACGCUCCGCAUCUACCAAGUCUUUCUAUGCGGGUUGGAAGACCCGCUCGAAGCCUGGAGCAGCCUUCCCCGCAGUCUUGAGAGAUUGGAUGUCUUUUACGAUGACACGGACCUCACCCGUUUUGACGAAGACGACUUUCUGCGCGGUCUGCUGGCGCAUAAAAAAGAGCAUCUACCCCAUUUACGGACGGUGUCCAUUAACUCGCCCGAGCAGAUCUGGGACAGCGACACAGAGGAGUUCAAGUCCACCGGUCAAUGGACACCGCCGUAUCCCCUGGCACAAGCAUUCAAAACUGCAGGUAUGGAUGUAGAGAUAUGGCUGGGGCCUGUGGAACGUCCAAAGGUGGAUAAACUAGACAUUCCUCAGUUUCUUGAGCCACCAAGGAAAAAGCAUUGCCUUGAUAUCGAUUCGUCGUAG